AUGGAAAGAGUGAGUGUGUUGUGUGCACUGCUGCUGCUGCUCUGCUCUCUGUCAGGAGCUGAACUUCAGGACAAUGAGAUCAGUGACCAAAGACAAGCCAGUCCUGAGAGUGUGAAUGUGCCAGAGCAGCUUCAGCCCUGUCCACCAGACCUCCACGCUGUGCUCCGACACAUGAGCGCCGCCCUGGCCCAACACAGAGUCAAGAUUGAAGUACAAGAAGCAAAUCUGAGAGAGCUCGAGCAGAAGACCAGCGAUGUGGCUGAACACAGAUCAUUUAUUAACACAUUAUUGAUCAAAACUAUAUUUUCUGACUUGUUAGAACAAGCAGCAAAACUAAGAAAGCAAGAAGUUGAACUGAGAAAGCAAGAAGCUGAACUGAGAGAGCUGAAGACCAGAGAUGUGGAGACACUGAAACAACAACAACAAGUGGGACAAGUGGCUUUCUCCACCUCUUUAUUGGCUUCAGGCUCAGGAUACAUUGGCCCCUUUAACACUCACACUAAUUUGGUCUUCAGACACGUGGUCUCAAACAUUGGAAACGCCUACAGCCCAAACACAGGGUUUUUCACUGCACCGGUCAGAGGGGCCUACCACUUUGAGUGGUACAUUGGUGGACGAGGACAUUCUUCACAUGGUUCAGGUGCUGGGUUGGUGAAGAACGGAGAACAUAUUUUUCUUGCUUAUGAACAUCAGACAAAUGGUCACGGCACUUCAGCCAGUGGAGCCACUUUGCUCCUGGAGGCUGGAGAUGUUGUGUUUCUGCGUCAGUGGCAGAAUUCAAGAAUCUAUGAUGAUCAAAAUCACCUCAACACGUUCAGUGGUCACCUGCUGUUCUCCAUGUGA